AUGGACCAGUUCGUCUUUCGCUCCUCCCUGACCAACGCCACGGCCUACCUGCCAUCGCCGGCCGAUCUGCUCCUGGUCUUCCCACGCCUUCUCUACAGAGCCGGCCUCGUCCCCGACCACUUCGACGGCCUGGUUGCGAAGAUUCGCUCCGGCGGCCCCAACAUUGCCGGUCCAACCGCCGCAAAUGUCACCAAUGCGACUCUGCUUUCGUCUACCCUAGCUAACACUGCCAAUACUUUCGUACAGCAGUCGACCGCCGCGGCGACCGCUGGUGCGACCAGUCCGCAAAGCGACACUUACGACAUGAUCCUGGCCUUUAAACAUGUCGGCACCUUGUUUGAGUACCUCGCCACCAAGUAUGCCAUCGCAACUAUGGCAACGGCUAUCCUGCUCAAUCGAACGCAGUUCUAUGCCUCUAGUCGUAUUCCUCUCUCGUUCCGCAAGCUGCACGUUAGGUUCGUGCUCUACAUCGUCCCGAUCCUGCUGUUCCUCCAUCGGGCUCAAUCCUUGCUCCGUGCCGUGCGAUGCCAGACAUCUCCCUCAUGGUCCACAAUACAAUAUGGCUCUCCGGGAGCAUACCUGGACACUGACUUUGCUGGAGAAGGCGGUUUCCUCUUUCGUAUGAGCUCUGCUCUCCUGCUCCAGGAACCGCUUGGCACGUCUUGCGCAGCAGUGGGAAUGUUGCCGACUGAGCCAAACCUGACAAGGGCUUCCGGCUCCCUCCGCCUCAUUUGGCCGUUCUUUGUUUCUCUCGCGUUCAGCGCCUUCGUCGAGACUCUAUCCUGCGCCCUGCAAGGCCGACGGCCGCUCCAUGAAACAGGCAUGACUCUCUUUGAACACUCAUUAGCUUUUGCCGAGGCCGAGGCUCUGGUCACAAAACCACUGAGCAUAGAUUGGGCUCAGCUUUGGAAGCCCAGGAAUGUGCCCGCGCCUGAUGGAACCGUCGUCCCCUUGCCACGCUCACAGCUGCUGAACAUGGCCAAUGUUCCCCCUGAAGUUCUCUUGUUGUCCAUCAUUUCCAGCUUCAGUCAUCUUACCAGCCAUGUCUUAGCAAUGCUAGGUCUUCGUGCAAAGCUUCGCCUAAUCACCACGAGCAUAUGGGCCUCGGCGUACAUGUCUGCCUUGACAUGGAUGUUCCUGAGAGCCGGCAAUCUACCGUUUCAAGGUCUCCAGAAGGGUGUUGUCAGGUUCCACGCCAUGUGUGCAAUGGGUUUCUUGCCACACAUCUUUAUCCUCAUUGGUAUCCUUGCCUGCGGGACCAUAUACGGCCUAGCCUUUAUACUGACAGUGUUAUCACCACCACCUGGCCAGGCCCCCGCAUCUUCGUUACAGGAGCGCUUCUGGGUCGCUUACAGGAACCUACACGCCAACAUACACUUGUCUGCAAUCACUCCGAUUACCAUUAGCAUGCAGGAUGACUUUUACACCGCCAUCAUCAAGAUUGGCUUCACAAUCCUGACAGCUGCGAGUGAGGCCGUGUAUCUGAAUGAGGGCACCAAGGUCAGAGUCGAGUCUAUGAGUUGGCUUGAGAAGAAGAAGCUGUCCGAGUACCUGGCUCGGCGUCGUCGAUUUCGCCAAUCGUUGGUUCCGGUGCCGCCGGAGUUGCUCAGGGACACCAUGGGAGAAGGCAUAGAAGCCGUCGACAUACCCGGUACCAACGCAGCUUCCACAGGAAAUCCAUCUUCCGGCUACGCACGCGAGCGCAAGACGCGGCAGAAUAACGACCGCUUAGCAGCACACAAGAGCGCAGUGGGCCCUGACGGCGGCGUCGGAGCUCGGCAACGCGAGGGUCGCUUCCUUCUGGCGUACCAGUUCCUCAACGGUAUCUGUCGGCUCUUGCUGGCCAUCCAGGCGAGAGCGAUGUUUGCCGUCCUGAGGAGCCUUCGCAUUAGAUAUAGACCUGCAUGGCUGCGUCGUCUAGCAGGUCCUGGUCCUGUCGAUGAAACUGGUCAGAAGGCUUUGUCGUCGAAGAUCCCGCCAUGGGCGAGAUCGAGUCAGCCUUGGUCUUGGGUCGAUGAACUGAUGCAGGAGCAUCCGUUGGAGGACCUUGAUGUGGAGGAUUAUGUAAGAGAAGGUCUUCGCAGGACGGGGACGUAUGAUGAUUGGGGAGCUGAACAUGGGGAGGAGUUAAUGGAUCAUUAUCUCUAUUCCUGGUGGAAGCAGGGUGGGCAGUGGGGAGAUGUCGAUACGAGCGGUGAUUAUGAGCCCGAGGUCAAUGACGAGGAUGAGGACGAUACUACGAGUGUGGUCUCCAUGUCGACGAAUGCUUCAGAGUGGUCGGACAUCAGCGAUGGACAACGGACGCCGACUCAAGCACAUUUCACAAGUACGAGGGAGUCUACGCCGCAACCUGCCAUGCUCGACAUCUCCCGCCUCGCGCACCUGCUGGACCCAAAGACACGCGAAGAUCGAGAAGAAGCGCGCUUGCUCUCUCGAAGCCUGCAAUCCCCAGGUAUCAUGACGAGAUCCCGCUUCAGGAGAGAGAAGGAAAAGGAGGAAAUGCGCCUCUUGACGAGUUCGCGCCUCCCGAUCAACCUCGCCACCGACGCGCACAUGAGCGACGAAGACGAAGAAAAGCUCCUUGAGCAAUUCAUCCUCGAUCGGCGGCACGUCGCUGGAUCCAACAGGGCUGACGGCGGCGCGGGUUCGAGCACAUGGGAUUCCGGCGCCGAAGGCAUGGGCUCCGAGGGCCCGCAGUGCGUCGUUUGCCAGCUCGCGCCGCGCACCAUUCUUGUCUGGCCAUGUGGGUGCCUGAGUCUCUGCGAUGAGUGUAGGGUCGGCCUGGCCGCCAAGAAUUAUACCACGUGUGUGUGCUGCCGCGCCAAUGUGGUGGCGUAUUCGCGGUUGUAUGUGCCGUGA